ACCAAAGGCGCCGUGUUGGUACAAGUACUGAGUCAGUCCAAGGCUGCAUGCACCUUUCCCUCGACGCCCCAUGCGAAUCAAAACACACAACCGCAACGAAACCAGCGACAACCACAGCAACAACCAGCGACAACCAGCACUCCAGCAAGAGGAGAUAUCCACAGCAGGUUCAGAAUCUUCCGAUACACGGCUCAUACUCACGGGACCUUUUGCGGAUGAUAACUGGGCCUGGGUCACAGCGGGCCGAAUCGAAGAUCCAUCUCCUUUGAACCACCCGCGCAUCCGCCUGUCUGUCUUUGGUGUGCCCAAAGGCUGCAGUGAAGACUCAGAAGACCCAGGAGGCAAGGAGAGUAGGACCACCAAGACAACACCUCGACCAUCGCAACGCGCCUCGGUUGCCCGCACUAUCUCGUGCAUUCCAACAUACGGGCCAGUUGGCCAUCACACCUGGGCUCCCAACCCACUCCACCAUCGAGUCUGGCUUGUGGGGGAUGAACAUCAGUCGUCUGUCGGUUUUGCCCAUCAGGAAUCGACGCCGUGACGCUCAUCAGGCGGCUCCCAGAAAGGCUCGGCCGGACUGUGACACCUGUUCCAAUUAAAGAGCCCCGGUUGCUGAAGCUCCGCUCCAUCCUGCGUGCUGAGCAAGUUGUCUUUGUUGUCGCCGCUGGGGCAUUCCUCGUUGUCGUCUGCAACUUCUCUGCGCUGCGGUGGCGAAGCAGCCCACAAAGCGAGGGCGAUCGCCAGAGCUGUCGUCCGGUCAGCAAGCUUGCAAUUUCGACGACGCCGAUAUUCGUGGUCUUUCGUCCACAGCCGGUCUUCUGUGACCCCGGCCAGACCAAUGGUCGAUUGGCCCAGCGGUUUUCGGAACACCGCCGACGUUGAUAGCGGCUGAAGCUUAAAUUGAGCUCCACACUGGCGCACACUGUCAGUCACCCUCUGCUACCGUGGGAUCGUGGCAGGUCGGCACGUGCAGCUUGUGCAACACGACAGGAUCCCCGGAAUCUUGAACAAACUCUAUUCCAGUCCCUUCUCCGGCCUUGCUCUUCCGGCGCAUUGAUCAGAUCGCCCUGCAAUCGGGCGAGAUCGAAAUCAGGGCAGAUCGAGAUAGGCUAACUCGGUUCAACUUCUUGCAGCGCUCAGAACUCUAUCGGGGAAUCGGAGCAGCCAGUCUGCCGCGUUUGGACGAGGGCGACGGAACCGUUUCCACGGACUUCUUUGGAAGCCACAGCAGAGAUAAACGUCCUUUGCCACAAUGUCGGACAUAGACCAGGCUGGCCGCACACCGGCCAUGAAGCCGUUUUCCUACACGGCUCAUGCGGCCCAAGAACAGAGACCACGCGGACGAGCCGGCUCGAAUUCGUCUGCGUCCUCCGCCACAACGACUGCCAGCACCAAAAGCCACGACCAGUUUGUCUUCUCACCACACCAGACCCCUGCGUCUGAAAAGGAGCCCUUUUUCUCGCAUCAAGAGUUCUCGAGCCUAAAUAACCCCCGAACACAAAGCGUUCCCUCGCAAACACACGACACACCUACUUCGCAUCUCUCCUCUGAACCAACACAUUCCGCCACCUCUCGCAGCCGACCUAUCGUGAUCGAACUGCCAUCGUCCUUACCGAAAAGGCCCAAAACAGGCUCUGCCUACACACCAAUCCCGCCGCUCUCUGCUCGCGGUGACAUCUCAGGCGGCUACUUUCCAUUCCACGAAGAUCCCGAAGACCGCAUCCACAGACCGCAUCCAUUCCACACCGCUGAAAAAGAAGCGCGACGGGCUUGCGACAUUGAGAGCAGCGCCAGAAGCAUUGAAAGCACUAACAGUACCCAUCCCUCGUCUGCAGGACGUCGUCCUCCCCCAGGACCGACUCCAAUUUCCGCACCACCUCGGCAUUUCCCAAUGCUGCAAGCUGCAGAGAUGCCUUCGUCUCGCGGUCACACGCCUGUCACUUCCUACGUGCCAAGCGGCCUGCACGAGACACCUCUCCCCGUCGGCAAAUACUAUCCCUCGAACUACGAACAACGACAAAAACAGAGCCAUCACUCGUCGUCAAGUAGCACGCGACGGCCCUCCGCCAUCGGCCCCUCGUCUGUCAAGUCCGAUACUGUCGUGCCGCAAAUCAACAGGGCAGACCCGCGCGGACGUCCCGACUCUGAGGCCAAGAUGCGAUUACUACAAUACCAACGCGACAUGAUCACACAAGCCCAGCUUGCCAAACAACGGCUGGAGGAUGGGGGCUCAUCCAUAAGUCCGGGAACGGCGGGCCACCAAAGCGCGAGGUUGCUGAAAACUGGCUCGACACGGGGGCCCAUAUCACCAAGGCUACAGCCGCUGGGCAGCCCCGGACCAGUGACGCCCUUAGCUUUAGAGGGCGCUGAUGGUUACCUUUCAGCUCGAAGUCGAGUCAGCCCUCGGGACAGGCCGAGACCAGUUCUAAGCCCAGAUGCUGGACGAGAGAACCACGCUGUCGCGCGAGCGAUGAAGGCCCGCGGCGAGAGAAGACGGAGGGAGGGCCGAUGCUCACCAGCCGUCGAGGCGGGCGGCUUCGGAUUCUAACGCACCCCGCGUGACAGUUGGGAUUUCAGCGAGUCCUUCAUUUGUCCUUCACCUCUACUGACAGCAUCGCGGCAUGGCCGGGCCUAACCGGCUAAGAUGUUUCUUCGCGAACGUUACCAGUCACUCCACUCUUCAAGCACAACGCAAAGAGACGUUCCGCUCAGCCAUCAAACUUUUGGUGUGACGCGCGACAUCUCGUACACAGCUUGACAGUCAGCCGUGCCAACCGGCUAUUGGAUGGCGACAGGCUGGCACCUUAUGUUCUCCAGCCAGCAUGACUAUUUGAUAUUUGAUACCCUCAGCGCUUGGUACCCAGGAUAGACAGCAUUCUUUACACAUAUUCACUCCAAGCAACGCGAGUGGUCUUGUUUGAUAGAUUGCAUGGGUCGGGAGCUCUUUUUAUUACAUUUUUGGACGCUUGUGGACAAGCACUGUGGGAACGUUUCAGUUCCUGAUGCUAGCUUAAGUGUCAUUCGCUAGGCGGAAGCGAGAUGUGAAUGGGAGGGUUUUGUUGAAAAGUAAGCGGCCAACAUGAUUCUUGAAAGCGGGGCGGUCCGUUGGCAGAGUACUCAGGUAGAAUUAUAAAGAGUUCUUGCCCCAUCAUAACGAUGUCAUUGUUUGAUGGGGCUAUAUAAACAAAACCAAGACAUUGAUAGGG